GGAGCACAAAAAAUGGCGGUGAGACAGAGGGCUGUGGCGACGUUGCCAACGCUGAUGAGGGCACUAAGGAAAGAAUCUCCAUCACUUCCACAGAGAUUGCCGUCACUACGGCGAGCUUUCUCUCUAUACGAUCAAGUUAAUCUCAUUGACAACAUCCCGGAGGACCAAUUACGAUUUCAAGGGUAUACUGAUUCUGGAUUCACUGUUAAUGGGGUACAAUAUGAAGGCAGCUUGCUCUGUGUAGGUAACUUGUUAUUAUCUUGGAGUCCAAAGAAAAUGUCAGAUAUCACUACAGACAGCUUAUCCAUCUUCCAAGCAGUGCGACCCAUACCAGAAAUAUUGAUCAUUGGGACGGGAAGACACAUAGAGAGUGUAGAUCCUGCGAUACGCAAGUUCAUUCGGUCUAUAGGCAUGAAAUUAGAGGCAAUUGACUCGAGAAAUGCAUCGUCAACAUAUAACAUACUAAAUGAGGAAGGCAGGAUUGUAGCUGCUGCACUUCUUCCAUAUGGAGUUUCUUCUUCUUAGUCUAAUAACUUAGUUUUAUGCUUCUUCCUAUAAACUUGCUUUUGCUUGGUUUGGCAAAAGAU